GGAUCAGCAUCGAAUCGAUACUUUGACGAUAUAAUACCGUUGGGUGAAAGUGAGGUGCGAGAUGCGCUACUGCAUGAAGUGAAAAGGCAUCGAUAUUGGAAGUCGUCCGCCUUCAAGAAGAUGCAGUUUGAACGACUAGAGAUGCUCAGCUGUUUACAUUACGUGCUCGAAUCGUUCACCGAAGCACGGUCGACAUCAGAAGCGGCCGAGGCCGUCAACCCUGGACAGCUACUCGAUCAUGCCACCACUUCCUUUACGAACCCAUGGGAUUUCGAGGUUCGAGUUCUGGAAAUGCCCGGCAGCAGUACGAUAAACCCGUGCUCUGUCUGCAAUUCCGAAGGCACUUAUCAUUGUUUUCAUUGCCGAGGCUUAGGUACGGAUAAGUGCAACUUUUGCAGAGGAACUGGCAUGAAGUCGGGUGUCGCGCAUCCUGCUGUCUACACUCAUCCAAUGGUUGCCACCUUCCCACAUGCUGACCUCAGUCGUGGCUACGCCUCCUCUUCAAGCAAGCAUGGUACGCACGAUUUGUGUUACAUGUGCCAUGGACGUGGUGUGAAGGAGUGUCAUCACUGUAAAGGCGGUGGUAAAAAACCUUGUACAGCCUGCUGUGGGUCGGGAAGCGUCCGCAAUUAUACAAAACUCAAAGUAUACUUUAAAACUGAACGCUCUGAAUUUUUCACUCAAUCUGAGGUACCGGAAAAAUUGCUGUCACAAGUCAAAGGGAGAGAGAUCUUCUGUGAAGAGCAACCAUACGUGCUUCCUAUAACAAAAUAUCACGUUGAUGAAGUGAACGAGAAGAGCAAGCUGUUUUGUGCGCAACAUCUUCAGAACAGCAUGGGCAUGUGUAGAGUGAUUCAGCAGCGGCAUUGUUUGGUUGCGAUUCCAGUGUGCAAGGUCUACUAUACACUCGGCAAAACGAAAGGCACAUUCUUUGUCUAUGGUAACGAAAGACAGUGCUAUGUGCCGAGUUUCCCAUCAAAAUGUGUCAUUUUA